CCAAGGGACUCUCAAGAGUCUUCUCCAACACCACAGUUCAAAAGUAUCAAUUCUUCUGUGCUCAGCUUUCUUUAUAGUACAGCUCUCACAUAUUUUUCUAAGUAGCAGAACCUUUUUUGUUUUGUUUGUUUUUAAAGGCAGAAUCCAUGGAUUUUGUAAAACAUGAAAGUGGUGCUUUUUCUGGGGCUGCUCCUCCCCCUGCUGUUUGAAAUCACAUAUCUAGUCCCACACCUCUAGAGAGAGGGGCGGUGGUGUUGUCCCAGAGCUGUCAUGCAUUACUGAGAAACAAAAAGUGGUCUAGGACAGCUUCUCGGGGGUGCCUCACUCCAGGGUUGUCUGGGGAGUGUGAGCCGGGAGAGGCUUGUUCAACCUCCAGAUUUCAUCUGAGCUAAUGGCACUCAGCAUCCAUGCUUCCCCAUUCCGUGGAGACAGAAAGUGACUUUCAGCUUCUCUAACCUUUCUUUCAACUUUCUAACAGGAAAGCUCGAUAAACUUGGGUAAAUAUGUCUCUGGAGGCACCCUCAAUACCUUCCUCAAGCUACACACCCUGUGGCCGGCAGAGGCCUGUUUCACUCCAGAUGGCCUUUAGCCCCCACACUGAUUGCACUGCUGGGUCCCAAGUUCAGAAACCCCUGUCGUUCAGCCUCAGGAAGGCCUCUCCUCUUCCCUGACUGCCCGUGGCAUGAAACCAGAGAUGCCUUUAGAUUCUGGUUUUAUCACCACCGGACUCGCAGCAGCCUUGUGAGUCCUUUUCCUCCCAGCCCGCCCCCUUUCCUCCCCAGCGUCCACCCCCCACCUCCCGCUGUGCACAGUCAAAGCAAGAAGCCUCUGGGUUGGCCAGAGAGGCAGCUCUCACAUGGGGGAUCUGAGAACCUAAUUUCUCAUUACUUCCCUCGUCAGCCGCAUGUUCAGCAGCCAAGUGACCAGGUUCUCCCCCAGUAUUGUGAUUCUCCUGUCCCUAAUCCUAAAACCCCUCAAGUAUGGGGAAGGAUUGGAGGCCCUCCAGGAGCAGACAGUGAUAGCAGUCAGGGGCGACUCUCUCCGCAGGGCCCCCCUCCAGCUCCAGACCCCAGUACAAGGGCCUGUCCCCUUGCCCAGGCCCCCUGCUCUGUGCACAUGGCUCCCUGCCUUGGGCGUGUGGCACUUGGCUAGCCGUUCUCCUGGUGGUCCUGCCAGUACCUGUUGUAAAGCUUUUGUUAUUAUUUGGAGAAGAAUGAGAGAUUUCAAGAGCUUUGUAAAGUGAGGAGAUUGAAUUACGUCACAGGCACCUGAUCUACAUGUGCUCCUCCUUGCCACAGCACUGGGAGUUCACACCCGAGAAUUCCGUCUGGGUAGAUGGCGAAGGCCAUGUGGGGUUCUCAAGGGUCAGGGUGGCGGGGAGAGGGCAGGAAGUGAGGGGAGCUUGGAAGGACUGGCCAAAGGCACAAGAUUAUCCACUGUGGGCUUUGUCAGGAUGUGAGCUUCUGAAGGGCCGGGCUGGACUUAGCUCUCUGAGAGGCCUGGUACACAGUACAUUGAAUAAGAAAUCUUGUCUGUGUUCAUGUUGAUGUUUAAAUACCUUUUUAAAAAUUAAAAUUUCAAAAUAUUGAACAUCAGUAUUAUUGGCCUAGAAAAUGUAGCUUCUGUGUGAGUCAUAAAAUCUAGGUCAGAGUGGGCCCCUUUUUCCUGUAUUUAUGACAUCUGCUGAGUCUCCCAUCGUGAUGGUUAUAAACUGUACCAAUGACAGAGCUGGGCUGGCCAUUUACAUAUACCGCCUCAUUUGACUUACUCUUCUCUCCUACCCUGCAUGGUAAAUGUGACUCUCCUUCUACAGCGUGGUAAACCAGAACCCAGAGAGGUUCAGAAAUGUCCCAGGUCAUGCAGCAAUCAAGUGAGAGAACCAGACUUUGAACCCCAGUGUCUGGGUCCAAAGCGUGGACUGCCCUUUCUGGGCAGUCAGCUGUCCUGGGUCCCUAUUGUUUCUACUGCAAGGUGACCAGCUGAGUUCCCCCCAAGCCUGUGUGAAUGGAAUCCAGAUUCAUCAGAAGCUACACCCUGUAGUGGGCCACCAGAAAUUAUCUGUGUCCCAGCCAUUCCCCCUCUGAAAACACUGAGAAAACUUUUCAGGGGACCAAGGGAAUGACCCCAGAGUUACUGGAGAUACACAUACCUGGAGAAAGCAUAAUCUUGAUCUGGCUGCCCCGAGAUACAAGUGUCCAGGCUUGGAAACUGCUCUGCCAACCAGUAUUGGGAAGAAUGUGGUUUGUGAGAAGGCGGCAACCUCAGUGGAUGCUUUCCGGAUGGUGACAGCCUCACGCUACUACCCUCAGCUGAUGAGCCUUGUGGGGAACGUGUUGCGCUUCCUGCCGGCCUUUGUGCGCAUGAAGCAGCUGAUCGCCGAGCACUACGUGGGCGCAGUGAUGAUCUGUGACGCCCGCGUCUACUCGGGCAGCCUGCUCAGCCCAAACUAUGGCUGGAUCUGUGAUGAGCUCAUGGGCGGCGGGGGCCUGCACACCAUGGGCACCUACAUUGUGGACCUGCUGACCCACCUGACCGGCCAGAGAGCCGAGAAGGUUCACGGGCUGCUCAAGACCUUUGUGAGGCAGAAUGCGGCCAUCCGUGGCAUCCGGCACGUCACCAGCGAUGACUUCUGUUUCUUCCAGAUGCUCAUGGGCGGGGGUGUGUGCAGCACAGUAACUCUCAACUUCAACAUGCCAGGCGCCUUUGUGCACGAGGUCAUGGUGGUGGGCUCUGCGGGACGCCUGGUUGCCCGGGGUGCGGACCUCUAUGGGCAGAAAAACUCUGCCCCGCACGAGGAGCUGCUGCUGAGGGACUCACUGGCUGUGGGUGCGGGGCUGCCCGAGCAGGGCGCCCAGGACGUCCCACUGCUCUACCUGAAGGGCAUGGUCUACAUGGUGCAGGCCCUGCGCCAGUCCUUCCAGGGGCAGGGGGACCGCCGCACGUGGGACCACACCCCGGUCUCCAUGGCUGCCUCGUUCGAGGACGGGCUCUACAUGCAGAGUGUGGUGGAUGCCAUCAAACGGUCGAGCCGAUCUGGGGAGUGGGAGGCGGUAGAGGUGCUGGCAGAGGAGCCCGAUGCCAACCAGAACCUGUGCGAGGCGCUCCAGCGGAACAACCUGUGAGCCUGUGCGUGGGCUCCCUGCCGUGGUGCAGAGGACAGAGCAGGACCAGGAGCUGUGAUGGGAGGGCUUCGCGGUAGCACAGACGGUAUCUUUCGUUUGAUAGGUCCGCUUGGGCAGAGUUGAAUUCUAGUGAAUUCGAAGGUGGCCCUGUGGAACCCCCCACCCCAGUGCCCACUCUGCGGGCUGGUGAGGGAGUGGCAUUCUGUUGCCAGGGCUGAGAGGCCAGUACACCGUGCAAGGCAGAAGUGCCCCGGGUCUGUGAGCAGGGCCGGCAGAAGCUUGACUGGGGGGUUUCACAGCCUGUUUGUGGUUUUAGCCGGAUGAGCAGGCACAGUAAGGAGCCAGCCUGGGUGAUGCCCCAGGCCUGAGAAGUGAUGUGGGGCCUUGUUGCCAUGCCCUUCUUGGGCUGGGGCACCUCAGGAACGGUGAGGGUGGCAGCUCAUCCCUUGGGGAUCCACACCUGCCCUCUCCCCACAUGACCAGGCCCUUCCGGCCUCCAGGCACUACCCCUUCCCUGGCUGGGAGGGGGUUUCUGUAGCAGGUGAGCUUUCAGGGGCUGAAGUUGACCCUGGGAGAAGGCCCCUGCUUUGGCAGAGAGGAGCCAAGGUGGAGAGCUCUGGGACAUAUGAGAAAUGUAAUAAAUCAGAAGGUCUGACACUA